AUGCCGUCGCUUACCGGCGUUGCGAUUCGCUUUCUUACCAGGAUAUUAUACUACAGACACGGCAUUUUGGCAUUAAUUCUCGUGUGCAAUCUAUUUCUGCGUUCAGUAAACGCAGGUGAAGUGUUAUGGGCCGUGAACUGCGGCGGAGACGAACAUACGGAUAUUCAUGGCAUUCGAUAUCAAGCAGACCCCUUAGAUGUUGGAUACAGUUCGGAUUUCGGAAAGAGUCUGUUGAUACAGCGAGUUAUUCCACAGGAUCAGAUUUUGUAUCAGACAGAACGGUAUCAUGUCAGUACUUUCGGUUAUGAUAUACCCUUGUACAAGGAUGGCGAAUACGUCAUUGUUCUUAAAUUCAGUGAAGUGUGGUUUGCUGCUCCCAAUCAAAAGGUUUUUGAUGUUGUAUUAAACGGGGAGCAUACGAUUGUCAGCGAGCUUGACAUAUAUGCCAAGGUCGGCAGAGGGGUUGCUCACGAUGAAAUGAUUCCUUUCACGAUACGUGGAGGAAAGCUGCGAGUUAAUGGAGAGUCUUCACAGAUCGAUGGAAAUAAAAUCACUGUUGAGUUCAUUAAGGGGGACCUGGACAAUCCAAAGGUGAAUGCCAUUUAUGUGAUGAGGGGCACAGUUGAUGACGUACCAAAACUUCCUACAAUGCCUGGAGCUGAUGUGGUUGAAGAGGACGAUGAUGAAGACGAAGAGUCCCCCAGUAUCAAACAUCAGAAGUCCCGGAAACCAUCAGGCCCCAGGAUUAAAGACCCAUACGCCGCAGACGACACAAGUGCCAUGCUCUUUCCAGUAUUUGUUGCAAUCGGGGCUUUUAUCCCCUUGUUGUACUGUCUAUGUAAAUUAUAA